AAGUAGCGCGUCGAUUCGACGUGACAUUUAACUUUUGGACGACUGUGUUCGGCCAGAACGACUUUUUCAAGGUGGUACAUUCGCCGAACGCGGCAGCGAGCAGCGCGAAAUGUCGUCGGGUGUGAUAGAGAUCCUUGUGGACAUGGGUUUCAGUAUGUCCAAGGCAGAGAAGGCUUUGGAGAUAACCGGUAACAAAGGCGUGGAGCCGGCUAUGGAAUGGCUAUUGGCUCAUUCGGAUGAGGCUGAACCAGGACCAGCCGUAGGCGAGAGUGCUCCGAUGCUGUCUACCGACUCGCAGGAUAACGUCGCAGGUGCUAGCAGUCAACCGGUUUCCACGACUGAAUCGGCGAAGUCUAUGAAGUGCGACGUAUGUGGAAAACUCUUCAAAUCUAACUUAGAAGUUGAAUUUCAUGCCACAAAGUCCGGACACGAUAGAUUUUCUGAAAGCACAGAGGAGAAGAAGCCAUUGACUGAAGAAGAGAAGCGGGAACAGUUGAAGAUGUUAGAGGAAAAGUUGCGACAGAAGAGAAAGGAGAGAGAGGAGCAGGAAAAGAAAAAUGCAUUUGAAAGAGAAAAGAAUAGGAUACGAUCGGGAAAGGAAAUGUCUGAGGCCAGGAAAAAGUUGGAAGAAUUAGAGAUGCAGAAGCUUCUGGAGCAAAGAAAACGGGAGAAGGCGGAGGAAAAAGAGGCAAAGCAAAGAGUUCGAGCACAAAUCGAAGCCGAUAAAGCAGCAAGACGAGCUAAAGCAGCUGCUGAAAGCAAUCAAAUGGUUAAUACAACUUCAGCCCCAUUACCCGCAAUACCUUCAUCUACGUCUACACACCAUAGGAAGGAUUAUACCGAAACCAGGCUUCAGCUUAGGCUGACCAAUGGACAAACCUUGACCCAAAGCUUUGGAAGCAAGGAACAAUUGUCUGCAGUGAGACUGUUUAUUGAAAUGAAUAGGACAGACGAUAAUGGUCCCUUCCAAUUGAUGACCACGUUUCCCAAAAAAGUGUUUACGGAUGAGGAUUAUGAUACGCCAUUGGAUGUAUUAGGCCUAGUACCCUCAGCAGUCGUGAUCGUUCAGAAGAAGGCGGAAUGAUGUAGCCAGUAAUGCCCUAAUUUGUAAGCAA